AUGCAUUCAUUCCUCGUCGCUCUCAGUGCCGCUGGCCUCGCCACCUUUGCUCAGGCAUACACCAAGCCCACUACGAACAGUUGGGGUCCUCUGCUCACACCAGAUUUGUCUCAGUCUGUUACCCAAGGCAAAGAAUUCAAAGUUACCUGGGAUCCUGAGAGCCACCCGACCGAGGGCGUGACGGUCAGCCUGGUCCUCUGCCACGGCCCCUCUAGCAACUGCGUUCCGCAAGAUACGGCGAUUGCUUCAGGCAUCCCGGCAGCCCAGAAGUCCUUCGACUGGAGUGUUCCAUGCAGCCUGGCUCCUGGCACCCAGAACACCGACACCGGAUAUGGCAUGUUGAUCAUUGUCGACGGCACUGGUGAAUUCCAAUACUCGACUCAAUUCUCCUGCCUCGAGAACAAGGCUUGCGCUAGCUCCAGCUCCACUUCCAGCUCAAACUCGACCACAUCCAACGCCACUACCACCGCUACCACCACCGGCUCUGCCUCGUCCAAGCAGACCAGCACGACAUCAGUGGGAUCUGUGAACGGCACCACAACCUAUCAUGCAAGCGUGACACCCACAGGCACCACUUCCGCUUCAUCAGCCACAUACACCUUUGGCGCUGGCUCCGGUUCCGGAAGCACCUUGACCAGCUGGGUGACCGCAGCCACCUCGGCCGGGUCGACCGGGACUGCGUCUGGCGCCGUGACCACUCCCUCGACCUUCCCCGGCAGCGCUCCACAGUUGAGGUGGGACGCUGCUGGUGUUCUCGUCGCCGGUGCAGCGGCUUGGUUCAUGCUGUAA